UCUGGUUCACGAGCUGGAUAAUAAAAUACUGCAACUCUACGGAAAAUACCAUUGUUUAUCAUUUUAAUUUGUUUCUUGAACUAUGCUCGGUCCUGCGAUGGCAGCAAUCACAGAGCAGGAGGCCCGUCGGCUGUGGAAAGAGGCAGAUGCAGUCUGUUUUGAUGUUGACUCAACUGUGAUCAGGGAAGAGGGCUGUGACGAGCUGGCACGCUUCCUUGGAAAGGCUGAGGAAGUGGCAGAACUCACGCGCCUGUCCAUGGGCGGCGCGCUGGACCUUAGACACGCGGUGCGGCGCACACUGGCCGUCCUCGCGCCGUCGCGGUGCGACAUAGUGCGGUUCCUGGGCGAGCGGCGCCUGCGGCUCAGUCCAGCCGCCAGGACGCGGCGAGCCAUGAGCGGUGCGAUGGAGUUCCGCGAGGCGCUGCGGCUGCGGCUGGAGCUGCUGCGACCGUCGCACGCGGACGUGAGCCGCUUCACGAGCCAGCUGCCGCUGAACGUCUCCCCAGGUAUUAGUGAGCUCGUACAGAAGCUGCACAGUCGCGGGGUGAAGGUGUUCCUCGUCUCCGGCGGCUUUCACUGUCUGAUCCGACCCAUCGCCGCGGCUCUCAACAUCCCCGCAGAGAACAUCACCGCCAACAAACUGCUGUUCGACUUCUUCGGGAACUACGCCGGCUUCGACGAGUCGCAGCCGACGUCGGCGUCCGGCGGCAAGGCCAGAGCCCUCCAGCGGCUGAUCGAUGAACACAAGCUUCGGUGUUUAGCCAUGGUCGGAGAUGGCGCCACCGAUCUGGAAGCGGCGCCGCCCGCCCACGUAUUUAUCGGGUACGGCGGUAACGUGGUGCGCCCCAAGGUGCAGGAGGCCGCCCCCUGGUUCGUGCACCACUUCCAGGAGCUGAUCGACGCUCUGUCAGAGUCGGGCUGAUGGUACAUGCCGUCUUCACCGUGAGAUUUCGGCGCACCGCGCCAGUGAUAUGGAUGCAAUAUGACGUAGAUAGAACGGAAUCUCGAAUUGGUCGAGUGGGUAUGUUCGGAGAAGAAUCAUUCUACAUUUUGCGUUUAUUACGACGCAAUGGGAAGUAUUUUUGGAGGUGACUGUUACUGGGUAGAGGGUUUUAUCAUUUAGCCAGGUUGUAUUCACGCGUGUAUUGUGGUUUGGGAUGGGAUGACCGUACCGGAUAUGGACGUAGGAGACUGUGCGGCAUUGGCAACCUCGGUCCAUGUGAUGUUAUUAUAUCGCGACGAUGUUGGGCAGAUUUUCUGUUGAUUAUUUUAACCAGCUCUAACUGCUAACGCCUGUUCGUACCCAGUAGUUUUUUUUUUUUGCAGCUAUUUUUGCUCACGCGUUGUCGCCUCAAAGAACUCGCGACACCGUGCACGUUUGUGAUUGUGAUGCGCUGUCGCGGUUUGAGUCUACUAUAUACCGUGGGUUUAUGGUGAGUGUUUGCCAUAUCACCUCAGGGCAAUAUAAGGGCAAUACAGGUUAUGCUAUGA